AUGAAGUUUUCCACCAUCACCUUUGUAGCUGCCUCCGUUCUUCUGUCUGGAGCGGCUGCCACCCCGUUUGAUUCAUCUGAAGUCUGUUGGAGAAGGUGCUUUCACCACAAACAAGAUUGCCCACGCCACUGGUACGCCAAGAAGAUCGGUAAAUGCUGGACCUGUUGCCAAGAGCACAAGUCUGACUAUUAUGAGUACGAUUACGAUUACGACUAUGAACAGUUUGAAUGGGAAUAG